AUGUCUCUCGAAGAUGAGACGAAGACCAGCGCCGGUGAAAAAGUGCAAUUAGAAUCGAUUAGUGCACCGCGCCUCCAACCGCCGAGCAUGAGUGAAUCAAAUAUCGAAUCCUAUUUCCUCUCGUUGGAAUUUUGGUUCGCGGCUUCGGGUAUCAGUGCUAGUGCCCAGUACGAUGCGCGCAAAUUCAACAUAGUGAUGGCGCAAGUUCCACCGAAUAAGCUCUUGGAAUUGCGCGCGAUUAUCGACGGUGUACCAGCCAACGACAAGUACACGUACAUAAAAAAGAAGCUCAUUGAACAUUUCGCCGACAGCCAACAAAAACGGCUACAGCGUGUGCUCUCGGAUAUGCCGUUGGGAGACAUGAAGCCUAGCCAACUGUUCAAUGAAAUGCGGCGCGUAGCUGGAUCCUCGCUUGGUGAUGCUGUGUUGCUUGACUUGUGGGCCUCGAGAUUGCCGCCCCACGCACAAGCGGCUGUAAUUGCAUCGAGAGGGGAUGCUGCUGAUAAAACGACGAUCGCUGAUGCCAUUGUCGAAUCGAUGAGUCUACGAAACAUAAACUCCGUCGCUCUGCAAGUGCCGCAGACAGCAGCUCGUGCUCCAGAAAAACCUCCACAACCCUCCAUCGAAGCCCUUCAACGAGAAAUUGCACAGCUAUCAAGUAAGUUGGAGAAGGCGCUUUCCACUCGCGAUGGGUUUCGCGGGCGUUCUCGUUCGCGGAGUCGCAGCAAGACAACGUUUUCCCGCCGCGACAAAACGCCAGCCGACGAAAUCUGCUGGUAUCAUCGUGUCUACGGCGAUGCUGCUCGACGAUGCCGUACGCCAUGCCGUUUCAACAAAGCGGCGCCAUCCAGUGGAAACAAUCAAUGA